UCCGUAGCACGCAUAACUAAGUGUGUUGUCAAACUAUGAAUAAAGAGCGAUUUAAAACAUCAUGAGAGAUGGACUUAAAAACUUUUUACAUUUAGAUAUAACGGAGACGUGUAAAGGGUUUUUAAUCAUCCGUACUUUUUGUAACCGAUAUAAAUUUUAAGUGAAUGUUUUUCCGUCAGAGGAUUCAAUAACAAAUACCGGCGCGACAUGGAGCUAGAAUUGCGGAGUGAGUUCGUAUUUAAACAGCACUGGGAGACACGAGGAAAAGAGACGCUACGAAAAUAUAUAUAUACAACACAUGUAAAUGUCAAAGAGGCCAUCUCAGUAAAGUAACAGAUUCAUGAUUUGCGUGUGUUGAACAUUUGCGUAAAAUAAAGUAAUUAGAGAUUAUGCUAUAUUUUACGCAAGAUCAUUGAAGGAUCAGAUUACAAUUUGUCUACGGAAUCUACUUCAAUGUAAAUAUUAUGAAGGCGAAGUCAUUUACGGAAAAGAGAAAAAAGAAAACUGAAGGUACAGAGAACAUUGAAUUGAAAAGUGAUUUAACAAUGAAGAGAAGACGAAAGCACAGGGCGGGAAAAUAUUCUAUUAAUGAAGAAGUGAAUGUUUCAGAUGCUGAAGAUUUUAUUGUUACUUGUAUUGAAGAUGGAGAGACAGUUUUAGAUGUACAGUGUGGAACAAAUACGGCUACAUUAACACUUGAUAAAUUGUGGCAAGGAAGUAAAGGACCAUGUAUACAUUUUCAGGGUUCAUGGUUGACACCGAAUGAGUUUCAAUAUGUCAGCGGGAGGGAAACGGCAAAAGACUGGAAACGUUCAAUCCGACACCAAGGGAAAAGCAUUAAAUUACUUCUUUCAAAGGGUUAUAUGAAAGUUACAACAGAUAGCGGUAACAAUGAAUCAAAGACCGUGCAGUGCAAGGAGGUCAAAACGAAACGACGAGGAAAGGGGAGACGACGAAAGGCAAAAUCGGUGGUCAACCAACCAGUGCUUGUUGACAUUCCUGGUCAUCUGAAUGGAAUACAUAUCAGCGAAAAUGACAAAGAUAAUAAAAGUGAUCUGGAGAAAGAUGUGGAAUCUAAGGUCAGUCCAGACUAUACUGACGAGAGCCACGACGGUAACGAAACUGACGAAACGAUAGAAAAUUAUUACUCAGAAAACGAGUUUCAAAAAGAAAAUGCGAGUGCAACGAAAGCGAAAGAUUCAUGCAGCGAAAAAAGUAUUAAUAAAUUCACAGAAAACGAACAGGAUGACAAUAUUGGAACUGAAUUUAAUCAAAAUAAGGAAUCCGUAGAUAAAGACUGUGACAACAGUGAAAAAUCUUCUGGCAAAAUAAACAAACGAUAUAGAGAUAGUGGUUACAGCGAUCAAACAGAAUCCGAAUUCCAAACGACAGAAAACGCGGGAAAAGAUAAUACAAGCGAAAUGUGUGAAUCAAAUGUUGAUGCUGAUAUUUCUGAUAUUAGCCACCACAAUGGUUUGUCUGAAAAAGAAAAAGGAGAAGUACCAGAACAAUUCGUCCUUUGUGAAGGCGCUCGGAGCAUAUCGAAAACACUUAUGGAAUCUAGUCACGACGACAGCCAUGUUACAGGUCAAAAAGUAGAAAUGUAUAAAACCGAGGAGUUUUCUCAUUGCAAAGACGGAGUUGGCAGUCCCCAACAAAGAAUGGAUUGUGAUCAUGGUGACAGCGAUGCUAUGCCGGACGUUGUAUGUCAACAGCCAGAAAAUAUGACAGGUCCAAGGCCUAUCGACCAGGAUAUAUACAGUUCAGAUGACGAAGAGCCACCAACACUAGAACCACAAAUCAUUGGGUUUCAAGCUGAACAGACGAUCAUUCCAGCUGCGCCAUCUCAAUCACUGACUCCCUGUUACGAUGAAAUAUGCUCUGACAGCACUGUCGACGGUACAGUAGUCCCACAAUCCAAGAAAAUUGUUUUGUCAUUACCUUUGAAGAGUGUUUGCCAAAUGUCCAGACAGGAUUCAGACAUCAAGAUUACAUUGCAAGAACCAAAACAACACACCAGCUUUACAGAUGACAACCACCAAGAACCAAAGCAACAAACUAACUUUUCAAAAGAUUCUCAUAAUGAAUCAAACCAGUGCAUCGAUCAUGAACAUGAACACAAAGAUGACGUCGUAAAUGCAACGGACCCUGAACUGAUCUCUGAUAAUUCUUCAAAAACUAUUGAUUCCGUUGUAAGUGUAAGCACCGACAACAAAGAUAUUAGAGAUGUGAUGAAUUCCUCUUCUACCAAAGUACCGAACAAACGAAAGCGAAAACGCUCAUCAAAACAUGUGAAAAAAGUUGACACAAUAUUAAACAACAUUCCAACAGUAACAGGACCAAAAACCGACUCUCAAAAUGAUACAGACAAUAACUUUUGUCAACCGAAAAAAAGGAAAACAGACAAAAUAUUAAGUAAGGAAAUUUCAAAAGAGUUCGACAUAACGUCAAAAGAAUGCGACAGAAAGACAAAAGAUAGAAAUGUCUUCUGUCAACAAGAUGAUACUGUCCAUCAGAAAAUUAAAUCUAAUUUAUUAAACAAAAAAGAACCAACAAGUAUCAAAGAAGAAUCGUCGAUGAAGACACCAAUUGCAAACAUGGACAACAGAUCGAAUCCAUCUAAAGAUAUAAACCAGAUCAACAAAGAUCCCUAUUUAUCUAAAGAUAUAAACCAGAUCAACAAAGAUCCCUAUUUAUCUAAAGAUAUGAACCAAAUCAACAAAGAUCCCUAUUUAUCUAAAGAUAUGAACCAAAUCAACAAAGAUCCUAAUUUAAAGUUUAAGAUUUCUACAAAAGAUGACAAAAAAUCACUGAUAAACUUGUCAGCUACCGUUCCUCGAAUGAACGGCGAUCUCAGAACGAGAUCACCACUUCAAAAUAGCUAUGACGAUUAUAUGCGAAGACUCGAGGCGUCACACUCUUCUACGUCGUGGAAUCCAUACUUCCCGUUUUUUCAAUUACCGAGACAUCUGGAAGGAAUGAGUAUACCAACUUCGUCUUUCAUGUCACCAUAUCCACCACUGUUAGGACCUGCAAGAAACCCAGACCAUGAAUCAUAUCCGCGAAGUCUGAUAACUCCAACCUCGUCUCCGAUGUUGUCGCCGUAUUUAGCCACAUCUCCGCCAUCUUUUGAUAUUCCAAAGUUACCAACUGUGCCUAACAUGUGGAACGGAAAGGACUCGUUUCCCGACUCAAAAUAUUUCCAUGGUAAAUCAAUCGAUUCAAAAUGUACAUCAUCGUCUUCAACAGAUACAACAUCGUCUUGUCUUACCAUAAAACCAGCUCAUUCAGUUAUGCCUGACUCAUUGUGUUCUAACAUGAAACGUAGUUUUAACGAAUGGGAUACGCCACUUGAUCUCUCUAUGAAAAAGACAAAAUAUCAUCAUCUUAAAAAUUCCAAUUUUACCGAUCUUAACAAAAAUAAAAUCACAAACUAUAAAAACAAUAGAAACGAUCGGGUAAACAAUCCAGAUUCUGUUUCUAAACAUAAAAAGUUGAAAAAUGUAUGGAUUAAUAAAACAGACAAUGAGAAGCAAAAACUAAGUAUUCCAGAAAACUGCUCCUGCUUUAAAGAUAACUUAGAACAUUGGAGCGUCGAUCAAGUCUACAGUUUCAUUAAACGCCUGGAUGGAUGCAGCCCAUAUUCCGAGAAAUUCAGACAACACAACGUUACCGGAAUGUCACUUCAAUUUUUGUCCACAGACCACAUGACCAGAGGCAUGGGGAUGAAAGUUGGACCAGCUAUUGUUCUGAGUGACGCUAUUACGCGUGAAGUGCAGAACAGCAGGAAACGAUCAAUGUCUUGUUACCACUGUAGUUCGAAAGUUCUCAGGGAUGACCAUAAACUGUUUGUUUAAAUAAACUUGUACUGUAUAGUGUAUUAUAGAUAUAAAAUUAAACAGUGCUAUGCGCCAUACAUUUUUGAAGGUUA